AUGGGCUACAAGCUUGCAGCAAAAUCAUUUUCUGUCCCACAGACAACUUUAGAAAGAAAAGUGAAGCUUGCGCGAGAAAGUUUAGAUAAGAAUGAUCCAAUGACUGUUAAAUUUAAGGUACCGUUAGGCCCAAAAGAGCAAGUUUUUACUGAUAAUGAAGAGGAAGAGCUAUGUAAAUACAUAAUAGAUAUGGAGAGCAGGCUUUAUGGACUGACAAUGAAAGACUUAAGAGGUUUAGUCUAUAGACUAGCGGUAAAAAAUAACAAACGUUAUCCGUUUAACAAUGAAAAAGAAGAAGAAUGGGCAUUAGGAUUUUUAAAAAGGCACCCAGAACUGUCUAUUAGACAGCCUGAAAGUACCUCAUCCGCACGUGCUGCUGGUUUCAAUAAACAGGUGGUAGACUAG